CAGAAAUGUCCUUCAAGCUUGUCUAAACAGUUACAGUACCCUUCUUUUUAUAUAACUUCCAUUAUUACAUACCCUUCUCAUUGAAAUUCUCAGAGGAAAAAUAAUUAUGAGUAUUGAAUCUGAUAAAAACCCUGAAAAUAAUAACACUAACCAUGCCAGGAUAGGAAAAAUUCUCCGUAAGACAAGGUCGGUUUUGAAGUUGAUCAAGUCUGAUCAACCAUGCCCUUUGGAUGUUCCUAAGUCGCCGGAAAGGCCACGGAAGUUUGCGGUGCUUAUUGCAGUGAGUUACAGAGGCCAGAAAUAUGAGCUUAAAGGAACUAUCAAUGAUGUAAAGAGAAUGAAGAAGUGGUUAAUUGGUAAUUUUGAGUUUAAGCCAAAGAACAUUCUCAUUCUCACAGAAGACGAGAAGGAUAAAAGACUAAAACCAACAAAGGAGAACAUUCAAAAUUCCAUGAAAUGGCUAGUGAAGGAUUGCAGAGAGGGUGACUCUUUGGUUUUCUACUUCUCCGGCCAUGGCUUGCGGCAACCGGAUUUUGACGAGGAUGAGCGUGACGGCUGGGACGAAACUAUUUGUCCGGUUGAUUUUGAUAAAGCAGGCAUGAUUUUAGACAAUGAAAUUAAUGCCACAAUUGUUCGGCCUCUCCCUAAGGGUGUUGUGUUACAUGCAAUUGUUGAUGCUUGCCAUAGCGGAACUGUUCUUGAUCUACCUUAUGUGUAUAAUAGAGACAGGAAAUGCUGGGACGACAAUCGGCCACCAUCUGGUGUUUACAAAUCUACAAUUGGUGGAUUGGCUAUUGGAAUUAGUGCUUGUCGGGAUGAUCAAAUGGCUGCAGAUACUGAUGCAUUUAAUAUAAGCAAAGCUGAUAUGGAAAUGAGUGGAGCUCUUACUCAUACAUUGAUAAGUAAUGUGCAAAAAGAGCAACAAAUAACAUAUGGUCAGCUACUUGACAAUAUCUAUAAUGACAUUGAAAAGGCUGACCAAAGAGGUUGCCUUCCUCUCAGGCUCUUGAGAACACUGCUUCAUGAGAGAUUAUUACAGAAGCCUCAACUUUCGAGCUCUGAACCCUUCAAUAUUUAUCAGAAGCCUUUCGUUUUAUGAUUAAUGUGUACAUAUAUAAGAAGGUUUGCUUUUGGAGGAAUGAGGAUGGUUCAAUUUACAAAUAGUAUGUUUUGAAAUAAUCAAUAAGAUUGUUCUUGUGAAUGUAAAAUACAAAGUCAUGGCCACAAUUUGUAGUUGAAGCCAUUAGGGAUGAUAAUGAAUAAUGAUAUUUCGUGUGGCCUAUGUUCCACAUAUUUUGUGCCUUCUAUAAGUGUAAUAUAGAGGAUAAUUUUUUUUUUU